AUGGUGAUGGAGAAGCUUCUCUCUAUUCAAUCUCUUGUUCUUCCUCUUCUUCUUCUUCUUCUUCUAGCUUUUUCUUCCCUUGUAAGUUGUCAACUGGAUUCUCUGCCCUCCUACGAUCUAACCUCCCUCAACCGAAGUAGCUUCCCCGAAGGUUUCAUUUUUGGGGCUGCAACUGCAGCUUAUCAGUAUGAAGGAGCAGCUUUCGAAGCAGGCAAAGGGUUGAGUAUCUGGGAUACGUUUACUCAUGAACAACCAUGGAAAAUACCGGAUGGUAGUAACGGAGAUGUCGCACUUGAUUCUUACAAACGUUACAAGGAAGAUUUAGAAAUCUUGGACAGCAUGGGCAUGGACGCCUACAGAAUGUCAAUUCCUUGGGCCAGAAUAUUACCUAAUGGAUCAUUGAAGGGUGGAAAGAAUGAGGAAGCAAUUCAACAUUACAAAGAUCUCUUCAAUGAGCUUGAAGCUAAAGGUAAAAAGCCCUUUGUGACAAUAUUCCAUUGGGAUGUUCCCCAAGCACUCGAGGAUGAAUAUUUGGGUUUCCUAAGUCCCCAUAUUGUGGAAGAUUACGUUGACUAUGCAGAAGUUCUCUUCCAAGAAUUUGGAGAUAAAGUAAAACAUUGGAUCACUUUCAACGAGCCAUACAUGUUUACUGUCGGUGGCUACAUUAAUGCUAGUCUGGCACCGGGUCGGGGCUCUCCUUGGCAAACUCAAUUGAAUGCCACCCAAGGAGAUUCUGCGGUAGAGCCUUAUAUGGUUGUUCACCACAUACUUCUCGCUCACGCAGCAGCAGUUAAAGUGUACAAAGAGAAGUAUCAGGAAACACAAAAAGGUGAAAUUGGAAUCACUCAUGUUGCUGACUGGAGGAUACCAUUCACACAAUCCAAAGAUGACAGGGAAGCUACACAGAGGGCUCUUGAUUUCAACUUUGGAUGGUUUGUGAAUCCUAUUGUUUACGGUGACUAUCCAGAAGUGAUGCGUCGCAUUGUUGGCCAUAGACUUCCAAUAUUUACAGACGAAGAAUCUGCUUCGUUAAUUGGUUCAUAUGAUUUCAUUGGUAUAAAUUAUUAUACCUCCACAUACGUAUUCAAUAGACAAGUACCCGCCAAUCCAUCUGAACAUAGCUACUUCACCGAUACUAACGCCUACGUUUUGUCGGAACGCAAUGGACAAUUAAUUGGACCUGUGGCCGGUUCCCCUUGGCUUAAUGUCUAUCCAAAAGGAAUUCGUGAUUACCUUAUCUACAUGAAAGAAAAAUUUGGAAAUCCAAGAGUUUUUAUCACUGAAAAUGGGAUAUCUGAAGCAAGUGAUUCGACAAUUCCUGUUGAAAAAGCGCUCAUCGACCCAUGGAGAAUUAGUUACCACUUCUCUCAUCUUGACUACGUUAGAGCUGCUAUUUCGGAAGGAUCAAAUGUGCAAGGAUACUUUGUAUGGACGUUGUUAGAUGACUUUGAGUGGAAUUCGGGCUACACGGUUCGCUUUGGAAUCGGUUACAUUGACUUCCAAGACAAUCUCAAAAGAUACAAGAAGCUUUCUCACAAAUGGUUCACCAAGUUUCUUAAGCCGGAUUCUAAUAUUUCUUGGAGUGAUUUGGAGGUCACAGCGUAAUGAGAUUGAAUGUUUGUUUUAUCUGAAUUAUGUUUUUUUGAAUAAGAUCUAUAGUGACAUCCUCUUCUAUAUCGAUGUCAUGCGAUCAAUUAUCUCUUACUGAAUCAUUUUCUUCUAGUAAUGUUGUAUGGCCAUGGUGCACUAAAUAAAAUUACUUAAUUUGAGUUUCA